AUGGCCGAGGUGGAGAAAGAAGCGAUUGCCACGGAACAGACCCAAUUGGCAGCAUAUACAAAGCCCUUUGUAUAUAAAGAAGUCAUGACUGAAGAUUUGCUUUUAUCGAUAGCGCUCAAGACCAUUACAUUCGAGGCCAAGUCCAAGUUUCAAAGCAUGCAGAUCAUCGAGACCUACUCAUUUGGCAAAACACUUGUUCUAGAUGGCAAAACACAAUCAGCCAAGCUCGAUGAGGCUAUAUAUCACGAGACGCUUGUUCAUCCUGCUAUGCUUGCUCACAAGAAUCCCAAAACUGUCUUUAUUGGUGGUGGUGGUGAGUUUGCUACGGCUCGUGAAGUUUUGAAGCACAAAUCGGUCGAAAAGGUUGUGAUGGUCGAUAUUGACGAACUUGUGUGUAAUAUGUGUCGUAAGGAGAUGCCUGAAUGGGCCGAUGGUGCGUUUGAAGACCCGCGUCUUGAGGUGCAUUACACAGAUGCGCAUGCUUUUCUCAAGCAGUACAACGGCACAUUUGAUGUCAUUAUCAUGGAUAUUGCCGACCCUAUUGAAGCUGGUCCAGGCUACGUGCUGUAUACUGAAGAAUUUUACGAAUAUGCCAAUACAAAACUUAACAAGGGUGGCUACAUAGUCACACAGUCGGGCCCAGGUGCUGUGUAUAACUACGAUGAGUGCUUUACUUCAAUCUACUGCACACUCAAGACCAACUUUAACUCAGUUGUACCCUACACGGUUGAAAUCCCGUCUUUUGGCUGCGCAUGGGCAUUCAACAUGGCUACCAAUGUAGAAGACGAAAAUGGUGGUGAGGCAACUGUGAAGGCUAUUCGCGAGCGUAGCAUUGAUGAAACGAACGCUCUUGUGGAAUCGCGCAUUAAGAAGCCGCUUCAUUUUUAUGACGGCGUGAGCCACUUGGGUCUUUUCGGUUUGCCCAAAAUGGUGCGAGAGGCCCUUGAGAAAGAAACUCGCGUCAUUACGCAAAUACACCCAUUCAUGACUCAAAAACGCUUUUGUACUUCAUCCAUAUAA